AGCAGCCUCGCCGAUCGCGGAAGAGUGUUGCAGUUGUACGCGACUGCAUCCAGCUGCAACUGCCGAGGCAGUCGGCUCCCUCAGGAAGCCAAGGACCCGGUCGCGAUGGGCUCGCAGGACCUCCCGGACCCCCAGGACUCGUCCUCGAGGACACCUGACUCUCUCUUUUUGGAAACGGACAGGUGUCCUGUGCACCUGUCGUGCGGACUCGUGCGCUACUCUUCCAGAGAAGAAAGUGCAGCCCUAAUUGUAGCUCAUUGACGGAAUCGCUCCUCGACGAAUGGCGUCGACAAGAAAUAGGAAGCCGCGUUUCGUGCGUUCCGCAUUUCGGAACUUUCCGUCGGGUUUUCCAUAGACUGAUAAUCAGCCGAGAUUUGAUAAGAUAGUAAUGCCGCGGCUCUGGAAAUAAAAAUGUUUACGAUGUGCCGAUAGGGCCCUCGCAUUUGCGCUUGACAUGCGCGCUGACAUCAGACGUCCAUAAGAGAGUUCCCCGCGAACUCAGUUCAUCGCUACCCGUCCAAGUGUUCAUCUCGCGAGAGGGGAAAGGAACGUCCUACCAUUGGCCUAUCUCCUGCCCGAAUUUCGAAAUUACCUGACGAGGUCCUGCGGAUUUCCCUAUAUAACCAUAGAUACACCUUGAAAUUAUUAUUAAAUCCUACGGAGGGUAAGCGCGGAUUUCAAGCUGAAUCCUUUGGUACCGAUUUCCCAAGGUCGAGAGCAUGAUCGCUGAUCGAGGGAAAUUCAGGCACUGAGAGGGAUGGAGGAUCGAUUGACAACGAAAGGACGUUUCCGCAUAAUCGAUACAACGACUACUGGCCUAUCGACCUUUGGGAUUUUUUCUUUCUCGGAGGAGAAGCAUCUCGAAGACGUCCUGGAAGUCUCAUCGGCACUCGUGGACUACUCGAAGGAAACUAGAAGGAGCUCCACUUCGCAGGGAGCACGUUUUACUACCUCGGCGAUAACCGGCGUAUUAACUGUCAAGACCAAACAUUCGACGCCUAUCGAGAACCGGGCUGAAAAUUUCCACGAGAAUUGCCGAGGGAAUUGCGUUAAACCGCGGUCUAAACAAUUUGUCGAGCACUCUUCGGCAUUGUUCUCGCGGCAGCUCUCCAUCGGACGGACUUUCUGGGAAGGAAUUGUUUUCGUUUCCAAAUCGUGGGUGGGUGUAACGGCGAUAAGAGAUAGUGGAGAGAUAAAUCGACGAUUAAGCUUUGGGUUAGAAACUGUUAACCGCCUUGGAGUAGAAAAUGCGAGGUGCUGAGGUCCGCAGCAUGUCAGAGGACUCCUGAAGCGCAGUCCCUGAAGAGGCGAGAAGAGAGCGAAAAGAGAACCGCGGUUUUGGGAAAUCCCAUCGGCAAUGUCACCGGGUGGAGGGGAACCCAGGAAGCUACUGAAAAUCUUGGACAAGGCCACGCUGAAGAGGAGGCUGCAGGACUUCGAGGACGUCGAAGAUUUUCGGGGAUGAUGAUGUGGAAGGCCAAGUGGGCUCAUCUGCAGGAGUGCUUCUGCAAAAGGCCCGGCCUCGUCCUGAUCUUGCUGCCUUGUCUGUUGAUUCUUACUCUCUACUUCAUCUCCGGAAGCGAUCCUGAGUAUAUCGGCCUACAGUAUUUCUCCUUCCGGUCUUACAAUGCCAGCGAAGAGUUGGUCGACGGCUAUCUGGUGUGGAACCCAAAGUGUCACAUGCACGAGAAAAACCCCAUGGACCCCUCCAUAGUAAAAUUUGUAAAAAGAGUGCAAUACGAGGCGUGCUCCAAAACGCCUCCUUUGACUUUCCUGGAGCGCAGUCAAAAUGGAAGUAUCUACCUCCUGGAGGACCCGGAAGUCGGAAAGCUCUACAAGAAUCUGACUUGCUGUUGGUCCCCUGUUAUCAGACCGGAGACAAGUCCACCUGGUCGAAACGUCGAUUCGACGAUUAGUGUCGAGGCCUGCCAGGACUUCCAGAGGAAGCUGCAGGUGCCCCAAAACCAGGACCUCCUGGUGGUGUCCUGCAGGACCAGCAAUGGAGGGGACCCCAAGCCCAGCAUCAAGAAAAAACCGGGAUCCACCGAGGUGUACAAGAAUGUCCAUCCGAUCUUGAACCCCGAACACGUUCGGGACCGUCUGAACCAGUCGGAGAGAUCAUCGGAGCCCAGGAAACUCAGCAUCCUGAUGCUGGGAAUCGACAGCGUGUCGAGAUUAAAUUUUCGCAGGACGAUGCCACGUACCGAACGACACAUGUCCAGGACUGGUUGGAUCCCCAUCCAGGGCUACAACAAAAUGGGAGACAACACUUUUCCAAAUUUGAUGGCCAUCCUGACUGGCCAGGACUCCCAGCAAGCGUAUGGCAACUGCAAGCCCAAGGAGCUCUACGGGCUGGACAACUGUUCCCUGAUCUGGUACAACUUCAGGGAUGCUGGAUACGUGACAGCCUACGGAGAAGACGAGACGAGCUUGAGCACCUUCAACUACCUCAAGGUUGGCUUUGUCCAGCCUCCAACCGACUAUUAUCUAAGGCCGUACAUGAUAGCUUCGGAGAAGCUUUUGAGUUCGAAGAAGCGCUUCAACGCCAAGUACUGCACGGGACCCGAGGUCAGUGCAGAGAGGAUCCUGGAUUACGCCCUGGAGUUCGCCAAGACCUUCCUAGGAGUGCCAUAUUUCGGCUUCUUCUGGACCAACUCCAUCAGCCACGACGCCAUGAACGGGCCAUCCUCGAUGGAUGAGCGGAUCCUCAGGAAGCUGGAGGUCCUGGAGAGGGAGGGUGUCCUGAACGACUCCAUGGUGGUAUUUCUAAGCGACCAUGGCAUGAGGUGGGGUGGCAUCAGGGACACCUUCGUCGGGUGGUACGAGGAGCGACUGCCCUUCAUCUACGUCAGGCUUCCCGACUGGUUCAGGGAGCAGGACCCCAGGGCGCAGGAGGCUCUGAGGAUUAAUUCUAAUAGACUGACCUCUCCUUAUGACUUGUAUGAAACUCUCAGAGACGUCUUGAUCAGGUCUGGGGGGAUCGCCAACUCCAGCUCGGGUUGUUCCACUUGCCAAACUCUGUUGAAACCCGUGCCCAAGGAGAGGGGCUGCGAGGAUGCUGGAGUUGCUGCACACUGGUGCACCUGCACCGCCUUCAAGGCUGAGAGCACUGGGGAUAAGAUCGCCCUGGAAGGGGCCCAAAAGUUCCUGGAGCAUAUGGAGAACAUCGUUAAGGGGUACAAGAACUCCAAGGGGAAGAGACUCUGCGCCCCGCUUAAGCUUAAGAAAUUGAUCAGGGUCGAUAAGGUGAUAAACCUCUCGAAUUCGAUCUCCGACACGGAGGAGUACUUCUAUCUGCUUCAGGUCACACCUGGAAAUGGGAAAUUCGAAGUCACCAUCAGGUACCAUGGGGAUAGCAAUUUCACUGUGACUGACGACGAGGUCAGCAGGGUGAACUCUUAUGCUAGCGAUGCCAAGUGCUUGACGAGUGGCAUGAAGCAAUAUUGCCAUUGCCUCAAAUAAGUUCUUUUAACGAGAGAGUGAAUUUUUAUGUCAACAAUGUUGAGUACUUGACGAGUGGCGUGAAGCAAUAUUCCCUCGAAUAAAUCCCUCUAACAGCAGAGUGAAUUUUUAUGUGAACAUCAUGCCAAGUACUUGAUGAGUAUCACGAAGCAAUAUUGCUGGUACCUCGAAUAAUUCCUGCUAGCGGCCAUUUGGAAAGUCUUUGAUACGCUUAAUAGGAUCGUGACGUGUUUCCUUUGAUGGAAGAUAUUUUAAUGGGGGAGGCUCCAUUCAGCAAAGAACAAAGGGGUCCCUCUAUAGAAGAUCGCUUAAUAUUUAAAAACUCGUUGACGUGCUUCGGACUGACUCUGGGAAUGAGAAGUUCGAAGCCAGGAUUAGAUACCAGGAAAUUAAUAGCCUUACGGUGAAGUGUCCGAAGUUUAAGAAGAGACGAGGAGAGAAAAGGAGAAGAGGAAGUAUACCAUGAAGAAUUUGGUCCAAAGAGUGCCAAAGAAUAACCUUGUGCCACACGCCCAAAGCAUUACCAUCUUCAUAUCAUUGAAAAUUAAUAUCGACCGCCUGGUCAAUAUUUUGCGGAUCUCUACAUUUGUUAAAAGUCAAGAAAAACGCCAAAACACUCGUCCCAUAAUGGGACUAAGUCGCCGAGUUGGAACUUUUCCGCAAAAGCUUUUCGGUGGUGAUAAAGCUUCAUGAACCGAAGAGGAGGAAAAAAUGGAAUUGUUGCAGUAUUUUAUCCGGGACUUUUCGGGCUUUAUCUCGAGUAGAUUCUGAAAUUGAUACCGAGGUUUAAUCAUCGAGGAAGAGGACUUAAGUCGGUACUUCUAGGAUAUCGUAUCUCGAUGGUUUUUCUCUGGAAAAAUUUACCAGUGGUUCUACUUUCAUAUCUAUGUAAGAAAAAGGAAGAAAUCAGGGAAUGGGUGGGAAAAAUGGGAAAAAAUCAUGGGAAACGGCGGAAAGGAAAAAUGGUUGUAUAUCGUUAUAUAAAUGAGGUAUAUUUUACUAUGCGGUUAAUGUACAGUGAGUUGCAUCGAAAAAA